AUGCAACUCAAGACAAAAAGGCUUGCAAAGGAAGCAGCAAAGAUAGGUCUACAGGUGAACAUCGACAAGACAGAGGUAAUGCGGCUCCAAAACAAACAGCAAACACCAAUUACGCUUGGAGAGCACAAACUGAAAGAUGUAGACUCCUUUACAUACUUAGGCAGCAUCGUCACAAUCACUGGUGGAACAGAUGAAGACAUAAAAGCAAGAAUUAAAGCGAGACACGUCUUCAUCACCCUCAAGCCUGUGUGGAAAUCAACAGCACUGUCCACACCCAUAAAACUUCGCAUCUAUAACACCAAUGUCAAGUCUGUGCUCCUCUACGGGUCUGAAACAUGGAGAGUCACCAACACCACCUCCAACAAACUACAAACCUUCGCAAACAGAUGUCUGCGCCACAUACUAAACAUCAGAUGGCCAGAAAAUAUAAACAACAAGAACCUGUGGGAAACAACAAACCAAGACCCAAUCACUAAACAAAUAACCCGUAGAAAGUGGCGGUGGAUUGGACAUACCCUCCGAAAACCAUCGGGAGACAUUACACGCCACGCACUCGAGUGGAACCCCCAAGGCAAAUGGCGAGUUGGGCGUCCCAGGACAACUUGGCGAAGGUCAUGUGAAGAGGAAAUCAGACAGUGUGGACAUAGCUGGGAACAAUUGAAAAAGGCUGCUCAAAACAGAGUGCGAUGGAGGACUGUUGCCGAGGCCCUAUGUUCCACCAGGAACCAAAAGGAACCAUGA